GAGUCUACCGGCAGCAGCAGCAGCAGCAGCAGCAGCAGCAGCAGGAGGGAUUGCUGCUUCUCGCCACCGCAGCAGCAGAUUGAAGGCGCUCGUCUUGUCUCUGCAUGCAGCGGGAAGAGUGCUGCAGCAGCUGCUGCAGGCAGAGCAACGAGCGUUGAGGGAUGCGGAGGCCUCGCUGCUGCAGGCGUUUGAGGAGAAGGCGCUGGCGCUGAAGACGGACAUUCUCCAAGAAAAUCAACAGAGACAAAAGCAGGAGGCAAAUAUUGUGCAGUACUGCGAGGCGGAGGUUCGCGAGCGGGAGGCUAUGGAAAGCAGGAUUGUGCGAGAAGUAGCUGAGCAGAUGCAGCGGCUUCAGGGUCUUAUACAACAGGAGAGGGAGUCGAGAGAGAAGCAUCUGUCUUGUCUGUUGAGUUUAAUUGAAGAAAUAGUAAUAGAGCUGCAAAAGGAUAUUAAAAAGGCCGAAGAAGAGAGACAGAGCGCUGAGCAGUCUCUUGUCUCUCUCAUGGAACAGACUGUUGAUAGGAUUGCCUCCGCAAUCUAA